AUGUAAUUGAUGAAAAUUUUAAGAUUAGGGAUUUCAAAAGGACUCAAUUUUGAGUUAAUUUAUUUCUUACCUUAUGGACUUUUAGUAGGUAAGAAUAAGAAGUUGGCUCUUGCAUUCUGGGCUUUGUUAUUAUUUGAAUUUUGCAUUUGA